AAAAUCGUCAAGAACCAGCGACCCAGUCUUUGAGACAGCGAAUGUCAACACAGGCACCUGGUCUCCCUUCCCUUGCCGUGCCUUGUACAUUUAUCCCCUGCCAUGCCUUCAGUGGACGAAGUGAAGUCCAGUUGGGCUGAUGAAGUGGAGGAAGUAGAAGGGGGUAACCUUCCUCCUCCCAUUGAGAAGAGUGACGGCAACAGCAAGACCAUCACAGAGUACUCACUGAAUGAUGAUGGGAAGAAGGUCAAGAUUGUGAGCCACUACAGGAUUGAGAAGCACCGAGUGGCCCGAACCAUUGCUGAGAGGAAGACCUGGAAGAAGUAUGGUCUUAGCAAAAAUGAUAAGCCUGGUCCCAAUCCUGCCACCACCAUCACUGCUGAGGAUGUGUUCAUGCAUUUCUUGAGCAACAAGGAAGAGGAGCAGAAUGAGCAGGAGGAGCUGAAGAAGAAACUGAUGGAUGCACAGAAGGGUCAGGUCAAGUGUCGGCUGUGUAAGGAGGACCAUUGGACCAAGCAGUGUCCCUACAAGGAUAAGCUGGAGCCUCUUCGUUCCUCUCUCCUGGGUGAUGAGAAGGUUGAGGAUGAUGCCCAGCAGGCAGGAGGAACACCAGGAGUAGACAAGGCAAAAAUGGCUGGUGGCACACAGGGCAAGUACGUCCCACCAUCCAUGAGGGAUGGAGGAUCCAAGAAGGGAGAAUCCAUGAUGUCCUCUAGAGGCCGCGAUGAGACUGCAACGGUGCGUGUGACCAACCUGUCUGAGAACACUCGGGAGCAAGAUCUGCAGGAUUUGUUCCGGCCCUUCGGUGACAUCAGCCGUAUCUUCUUGGCCAAGGAUAAGAACACUGGCCAGUCUAAGGGAUUCGCCUUCAUCAACUUCAAGAAAAGAGAAGAUGCUGCUAAGGCUAUCCAGAUUCUCAAUGGCUAUGGUUAUGACCACUUAAUUCUGAGUGUGGAAUGGGCCAAGCCAUCGGGGACACAGUGAGUGGAGUCAUAUAUUAGAAAGAUGUAACUUGCUGUAAGAAAACUCAAUAUAGCCUUGGUGAAUUA